AUGACUUGGCACGCUCAGGCGUGUAGCGGCGAUGUCGAUAGUGCGUUAUUACAAGCACAUCAGGUAUUAAUCUCCCAUAAAGAUGCAAUUGUUUAUGCAAUACAACAAUUGGAUCUAGUCCGUGUCCAUUUUGCAUCGAGUUUUUCUAUUUUCAUCUUGGAGUGUGUCAUUGAUCGACAUCCUUUAUGUGCCGUUCGUACUGACUUUGUGCUUCGAGGAGGACAAAUCCAAUUGCAUUCGUGGGUAUUGGACGUCAGUGGACACUUGGAAGACACUUUUGCAACGUUAGAGCCGGUCAAAGUAACGUCAGACGUGACGACGUGGCGACUGUCGCUGACUUUGGAGACCAAAUUUCCACUGGCCGUCAUCUCUGGAAGCAAUACUAUUGGACUGGAAUCAAGUGACUCUCGCAUUGAUUUGUUGCCUGAAAUCAUUCGGCAGCGGCAGAUUGACCUGGACAGAGCCAUAUACCGCCAACUGCGGACGGCAGGAGUACUUAGAGCACCUGAAGAAGGACAAGUUGUGCCUGUGAGGCUGCUAGGAGACACGUACAUCUUCCGGAUCGAUGCAGUGAUGAAAAACAGAGAAACGAUGAAGAAAUCACGCAUAUUUGUGAAAGGAUGGAGUGUGAUAGGAGCGGAGGGUGACGAACAGGAAACAACAGAGCUAGUUGAGACAAUUGCGGCGCUUAGUGUGCAAGAAGACGAUCAAAUCAAAGUGACACAGGCGUCGUAUGAAAGUGAGCUGAGCACUCGGUUGUGGAAAACUGGCUUUGCAGGAUACACUGCAUUCGUGCAAGACGUACUGCUUAAUCUCGCCCUCAUCCUAAAGCGUGGAAAGAAGAUGCUUGACAAUGAUGUGGAGAUGGAGCAGAUUGGAUCACAUGGAAUACUGAUCUCGGGUGUACAUGGUGUGGGAAAGUCCUUAGCACUUGUAGCUCUGCAGCGUGAGCUUGUUCGUAACAAUAUCGAAACAUGGAGGAUCGAUGGUAUGUCGUUGCUAAUGGGGGCUGAGAGCCCAGCGUUUCCAACGGCUUAUGAGUAUUUGAACCACGAGCUAGAACAGCGUUUCCCGGAGUUGGAAACAUUAGCUGAUGCCAAGACCGAAUGUAGGCCGUCUUUGUGCGUCGGUGUUGUGCUAAUUGAUGACUUGGACGUGCUCUUCCAAUCGGCAGAUGGUCAAGUCGCCGAUGGUUCCGAGACGCAGCUUCCGCAACUUGGUAGUGCAUUGCUUCGAUUGAUUGACGAACUCAGCUUUCGUAAUACACGUCUAGUGGUUAUUGGAACGACCGUGAGUGCUGAUGCAAACAUGCCACCAGCUGCUAAACGUACGGGGCGAUUUGGCAAGGUUUUGGACUUGGUCGUCCCUACUGAGCAGUCUCGCCGUGAUAUCUUGCGACGGCAUCUUAUCGGGCUGCCAUUACGAGGAGAAACGAACGUUAUCGCUAAAGAAGAUGCAGGAAGUUUGGCCUCGCGUGUAGCGGUGUUAACUGGGGGCUAUGUUGCGAAAGACCUAGUACGUAUCUGCCGAAACGCAGCCGCUCAAGCGCAUGUUAAUUGUGCCGAUAACGAUGAUUCAACAAAGCCAUUGGUCGGAUGGACGGAGUUGUUGUGCGCUCAGCAGCAGGUGAAACCUUCGCAACUUCGGGAGCUGAAUGUGGCAUCACCUGGUGCGCUGAUGGAUAGACAGAUCGCUUUUGCUGGCUAUGCGGCCGUUCAAAAGCAGCUUUAUGAUUUCGUUUCACGAAAGUUUCACCCGUCUUCGGCAAUGAACCGUUUGGGAAUCACCAACGCAUCAGGAAUUUUGCUUUCAGGUCCGUCAGGUUGUGGUAAGACAUUGCUUGUGCAAACACUGGCAAGUCAAGUUCAAGUCAACUUUGUAUCUGUGAAGUCAUCAGAGUUGCUGUCCAAGUACUUCGGCGAUAGUGAAAAAGCGGUGCGCCAACUUUUCGCUCGAGCACGUGCUGCCUCACCUUGCCUCUUGUUUUUUGAUGAGUUUGACUCUAUCGCACACAAGCGAUCUUUCGGUGAGGGCGAUGGAGGCAGCAGUGGAGGAGGAGUCUAUGCACGAGUACUUUCCACAUUCCUCAACGAGAUGGACGGUGUAGGGUCCCAGCGAGUGUCGUUGUCAUCCGUAUCGCACGCUAAGGGAUCAUCUGCAGCGGACACUAGCGGCAUCCUUGUUGUGGCCGCAACGAACAGAAAAGAAGCGCUGGACGCUGCUCUCCUUCGUCCGGGACGCAUUGACAAGCUUGUUGAGUUGGGCUUUCCGACACAACAAGAUAUUCAGGAAAUUCUUACUCUGUACACGAGAAGAAUGCCCCUAGCAGCCGACGUGGACAUCCAAGCACUUGCUGCAAGACCUCGACGGUCUCGCAUGUUUACGGGUGCUGAUAUAGCGGCAAUCUGCAAGGAGGCCGCUUUUCGCACUCUUCGCGAAGAUAUCGAGGCGACGACAGUUGGUUUCCGGCAUUUUGAGACCGCAUGGGACCAGCGCGCUGAGCAAAUCCCGACGUACGCGACCCCAGCUACAGCAAACACAGACUCCUCAAAUCUCAACCAGUAA